AGCACCCAAGGUCUGCUCCACGGUGGUUUCCGCCGUACAGCCCCGCCUGCUGGUGGUUGUCGUACACCGGGCCGACACGCACACCCCGCACGCGCGGUUCCUGUCGCUGGUGGCGUCAUCCGCCCUGGACCCCUCAGCCGCCUCCUCCUCCUCCUCGGGGGGCCCUGACGCCCCCUCCGCUCUCCGUCUCAUGGCCCUCGCACCGCACGUGGCUAACCUCAGCAGCCACAAGCUGCGCCGCCCCGUGUCCUGGUCCCUGCCGGUGGCCCCCUUCCGGCCGCCCCCCGCCACCCCGCCCUGCGAGCGCAAGGAGUGCAUGAGGGGCUUCAGCAUCCAGGGCGCCUUGCGGCGCUUCAAGAGCAAGCACGGCAACGGCCUCACACGCGACUUCAGCGGCCUGUGGAGCCGCAUGAUGGAGCUCAGGCGGAACAGCAGCGGCAGCGGGGC